CUAUUGUUUUUACUUUUAGUGGGGGAUGGACACCUGUGGAAAAUGCAGGCUUCUGUUCACCUUUAUCUUCCUCUCAGAGGCCAUUCCGGGUCACAUGAGAUAGUCCCAAACUGUUCUCCGGGGCAGGUGUCCCAGUUUUCACUCCCUUAGGGGCGUGCGUGCCAGCCCCGCGCCAGGCGGCCCAGGAGCGGGCUCAGGGACAGCCUCCGCCAGCAGAGGGCGCGGGAGGACCGCGCCCCCGGGCGUGGGGCGGAGAGCGGGGAGCAGUCUCCCGGCGCGGCGGGGUCCGCGGUGGCUCCGCCGCAGAGGCCACUUCCGGGAGGACCUGACACCACUGCAUCUAGAGUGUCACCUUUCCCCUCCCCGCUUACGCAGCCUGGUCGGAGAGCGGGUCUGUCCGGCCGGGGGCCUCCUGUGAAGCCCCCACCCCGCCCACCUGGUCUGCGCCGCUUCCAGGAGGGAGGGGAACGAGGGCGGGGGCAAUUCGGUCAGAAAGGAGGGAAGGGCGCAGGGUCCUCCCCCAGCUUUGUACUCCCACCCGGCGCAGGUGCCUGACCAACCGAGGCCGAGGAAAAUGGAAAGCCGGAGGCCCAGGCCCUGAUGUCUGGGAGCUAGGGGCUCCUGGACGCUGCCUCUCGGCAUCUCCAGGAGAUAGGAGAUAGGAUUUACUCUGACUUUAUGGGAUUGUACCAUACAUUGUAAAUCCAUGAUACUGUUGAUAAACAUUUGGGUCGUUUCUAGAUUUUCGCUAUUAGGAACAAGGGUUUGGCGAAUAUUCUCUUGUUUCUUCUGAGUUUAGGGCUGGGCAGCACUUCUCAGCUUUGGUGGCUCACUAGAAUCACCUGGAGAGUUUUAAAAAAAAUGCUAAUACCGGAGGCCGCCCCCACCCCUACCCAGACUAAUUAAAUCAGGAUGUCUGUGGAGGUGGGGCCCGGGUUUGGGUGUUCCCUAGGAGAAUCUAAUCUGCCGCUGGGUCUGAGAACCCCUGUGACUCAAUUGGCCUAGGACUAGAAUGCUGGGAGGAGAGUCACCUGUUACUAGCGGAUGCCAAACUUUUUCAAAGUGGUUGUGCCCAUUGACACUCUCAGGAUGGGACAAAAGUCCUGGUGCCCUCACACCCUAAUCAACACUUGACUUUGACCAAAUUUUAACUUUUUUUUCUUUCGAUGGGUGUGAAAUGGUAUCUCGCUGUGGUCUAAUUUGCAUUUCUCUCAUUACUAAUGAGGCAUUUGGUGAAAAUGAUGAAACACUGAAAAGAAGCCAGCCAGGUGAAGAUCUGGGGGAGAAAAAUGGGGGGGCAGUGGUGGCCAGCAGGUGCCAAGGGCCUGUGAUAGGAAAGCGCUGGGGAUGUGGAGGAGCACAAAGAAGUGUGGAGGGAGAUCAUUGUGCCUGGGGAGUAGGGAGAGUGGCUCAAGACAAGGUCAGCAUAGGUCAGAUUGGCUGGGCGGAGGGCUGUGGUGAGGACUUUGGCUUUUACUCUGGGUGAGACAAGAACAGGGGAGGGUUUGAGCAGAGAGACGUGGCCUUACUCCUCCCUCUGGCUCCGCGGAGAAUUAGGACAUUUUGAAAUGAAAUAGACACAGAAGGGAGGUGUGUUCUUCCUAGUGACUGCAUAUGGCCCGCCUCCCCCACCUUACCUUCGACUCACCAAUUAGAACAUAAGUUCGUGGACCAAACGGACAGUUGUCCCUUCCCUCAUUCUACGUGGUGAGUAGGGGGACUUACGGGUUUUCAUAGUUCUUGCUUCACAGAUGGACUCAAGCUGGGGUGGGGGUGAGGGGUGGGGACCUGUGGAUUUAUUUCCGGGCCCUCUUACCCCAGGCCUGGCAUGGCCCUGUCUGGAGUGAGUGGGUGGGCUCCCAGCAGAGCUGAGAGUGAGGCUCCAGGUGUUCCUCCCUGGGCCCACCCCACAUUUGAUCAGUCUGUCCCCCUCCCUCCCAUCCUGGCAUUAGGUACCUUAGACACAGGAUUUAUGACCCCCGGACAGGUGAGAAGACCCACCUUGGCCCCUCCCUUCCCUGCUUCCUUCUCCCACCUGCCCAGAGUGAUCUUUCUCAACCAAACUCUAACAGGUCCCUCCUCAGCUGAAAAUCCUGUCUUGGCUCCCACUGUCCUUGGGGCAAAGUUCAAACUCUAGGCCCUGGAGGCCCAGCAGACCUGACCUCUCCAGCCUGCCCACCCCACCCCCAUCCCUGGGAGCUGCUCUCAAUGACUCUGAAGUAGUUACUGAUUCUAACCUCGGGCCUUUCCCCUCGGUAUUUCUUCACUUCCUCUGGGAAGUUGCCCCGGACCCCCUGUCAGGUGAUCUUCUUGACUGUCACAGCGCCCUGUGGCCUCCCCGCGCAUCAAAGCACACUUCCCUUUGCUUAAUUAUCCCCUGUUUACUCCGUCUCUCUCCCCCACCAAACGGCGAGCUGCCCUUCGGUAGAGACCCCGAGUAUUUUGUUCAGGGAUGUGUCCCCAGCUCCGGGAAUAGUGACUGGCACGUAGCGGGUGCUCAGUAAACAUUGGCUAAGUGAAGGAAUGGAUGCCUUUUGCUAGAUGAUGCCAGAUUGCUUUGCAAAAAGGCUGUGGCAUUUCACACUGCCAGCAGCCACGUGAAGGUGUUCAUUUCCUCGCAUCCUCCCCCGAAAUGUGUAUCGUCCCUCGUCAAUCCCACGCUCUUUGUGAGGCGCCAGCCUGACCGAGGAAAUUUCCGCCCCCCUCCCCAGCCCGAGGCGGAGGCGGUUUCGGAACGUCAGGUGCCCAGACCCGCAGUGCGCGGCGCCAGGGGGCGCCAGAGGCGGACGACCGUGCCGCGCUGAGCUGGCGGGGGCGCGGGGUCCCGAAAGGGGCCCCGCCUAGCCUGGAGCUCCCGGCGCCCGCCCGCCCGCACUCCGCUGCGGGGCGAUCAGCGCAGCGCCCGCACCGGGAUUCCUUAGCGGCCCCCGCCCGGCCCCCAGCGCCACGCGGCGCUAGCCCCGCCAGCCCCCGGCGCACCUGCUCGGGGCGUGGCCUCUGGAGAAGGCGCGCCUCGAUUGGCGCGGAGGUGACAAAGGGGCGUGGCCUCAUCGUGCCCCGCCCCAUCCCGAGGCUGGCGUACUUAAAGGAGUUGGCGGCGCGUCUCCACUCACAGCGCAGCGGCACGGCCUCGCGGGUGGAGUGCUUCGCGACCCCUGCGCGACCCGGCAACCCCGGCUGCUUCGGUCACCAUGCCGCGCUCUUUUCUCGUCAGGAAGUCCGCCUGCUCCCGCCGGAGGCCCAACUACAGCGAGCUGCACGACUCUUCUCCAGAGUUUACCUUCCAGCAGCCCUACGACCAGGCCCACCUGCUGGCGGCCAUCCCACCUCCCGAGGUCCUCAACCCCACGGCCUCUCUGCCCACGCUCAUCUGGGACUCUCUCCUGGCACCCCAAGCCCAGCCCAUCGGCUGGGCCUCCCUUCUGCCCCAGGAGGUCCCCAAGGCCGUGGAGCUGACCUCCCUGUCGGACGAGGACAGUGGGAAAGGCUCCCAGCCCCCCAGCCCCCCCUCACCGGCUCCUUCGUCCUUCUCUUCCACCUCAGCCUCUUCCUUGGAGGCGGAGGGCUAUGUUGCCUUCCCAGGCUUGGGCCAGUUGCCCACGCAGCUGGCCGGGCUCUCCGUGGCCAAGGACUCCCAGACUCGCAAGGCCUUCAACUGCAAGUACUGCAACAAGGAAUACCUCAGCCUGGGUGCCCUCAAGAUGCACAUCCGCAGCCACACGCUGCCCUGCGUCUGUGGCACCUGCGGGAAGGCCUUCUCCAGGCCCUGGCUGCUGCAGGGCCACGUCCGGACCCACACCGGCGAGAAGCCCUUUUCCUGCUCCCACUGCAGCCGUGCCUUCGCCGACCGCUCCAACCUUCGGGCCCACCUGCAGACCCACUCAGAUGUCAAGAAGUAUCAGUGCAAGACAUGCUCCCGAACCUUCUCCCGCAUGUCCCUGCUGCACAAGCACCAGGAGUCAGGCUGCUCGGGGGGCCCCCGCUGACCCUCAGGGCGCCUCCUGCGCCUCUAGACCACCCCCUGCAUCGCAGCCUCUCAACUCCAGAAAGAAGGUGCCCCCAUACUUCUCACUGCCACGGAAUUCUCUUCUGAGCUCCCCUGUUUGGCUCUCUUGGCCCCGCAGGGCUCUGAGGACCAUGUUCCAGUUCUCUCUGCCCCAGGUGCCAGUGGGCUCUGAGGGAGGCCUUGCCGUGGACAUGUCUAUGGACGGCUGAUAGGGAGGGGGGUUUACAGCCGACUGUUCUGGAGUCGGCCUCUCUGUGUGGGUUUGUGUAUCCAAAGGUGUUUGGAUACAGCUGCUUUGAGCUCCAGGACAAAAAGAAAGACUGAUAGGAAAUUACCCCCCACUCAGGGGAACCCAUUCCUCCCUGACCUAGAACCCUCAGGCCACCCUUCCAGGAGGUGUGACUAACUGUGCAGUAAUCCACCCCCAGGUUCAGCCUGGGGGCCUGUGGGCAGUCACACAAGGACGUGUCUAGACCCCAGGUUGCCCCGGGCCGGGCAGCUAUCUCAGUCUCCUGUUUGUCACCGUGGCACCUGUCUCAUGGGCAGUUCAACAACAGUCCCAAAAGGGACUGUGAGUAAUUGCUGUCACUUGUUGGGGGCCUGAGUGGGGUGCUUCAGCCCGACCGAUGUGUCUCCCAGAACUAUUUUUGGGGUCUGACAGGUGGCCCCGGGAGGAAGAUGUUUACAUUUUUAAAGGUACACUGGUAUUUAUAUUGCAAGCAACAUUUUGUACUAAGGAAACAUUUUGUAUAGUUAUAUGUACAGUUUAUUGAUAUUCAAUAAAGUGGUUAAUUUAUGUAUUAAA